UCUUUGCCAUCCCUCUUUUCUAGGGUUUCUUAGGGUUUCUAUUCUCUUUCCUGUUAGAUUUAGUAGAUAUAGUUUCUUUGUUGAUCGAUUCGGGUAUCAGAUCUGUUUUCUUCAAAGGUUUUUUGGGGUUUCCUUUAGAUUGCAAUUCUAAAACCCUUCUCCUGCUUCCGAUUUUCUCUUACGAUUAGAUAUCCUCUUUGUUUGUUGCGUGGGAUUUAUUAUAUCAUCAAUUUGUCUUUUCUAAUUCCAGUGAGCGAUGUACAACGGCAUCGGAUUGCAGACCCCAAGGGGGUCAGGCACAAAUGGAUAUAUCCAGACCAACAAAUUUUUUGUGAAGCCAAGGAACUCGAGGGUGGAAACUAAGGGAUUCGAAGGAGAUCAGGGUACUGCCGGUGUGAAGAAGCCUAACAGGGAGAUCCUAGAGCAUGACAGAAAGCGGCAGAUUCAGCUGAAGCUUGUGGUGCUGGAAGAUAAACUUAUCGACCAAGGAUACACAGAUGAUGAGAUCCAGGAGAAGCUCCAAGACGCGAGGGAGACCUUGGAAGCUGCUACAGCCUCUGAGGAAAGUGGUGCCGGAGGUAGCUUCAUGACUGAUAAGAAGGUUUCAGAUACACAGACCCACCAAAUUGCUGCUAGAAAGGAGAGGCAGAUGGAGACUCUUAGGGCUGCUCUUGGUAUAGAAAGAGGUGGUGAACUUCAAGAGCAAAAGCAGGAAAACGAACUCGGAUCAGAGACUCAAGGGAGUGAUGAUGAGAGCAAUGAGGAAACCCCAGCAGAAAACCCAGAAACUGUUCCGAAGGAGGAUCACGAGGAACAAGAACAAGAGGAAUAUGCAAGAAAUCGGCAGGAUAGAUACAAAAAUGGAAGGGGGAUGCAAGUUGUAGAAGAUUCUAAAGCUGACAAUGAUGCUGCAAAGAAGGGUGAAAAACUGCGUGGAAAUAGAAAGCAUGAAGGAGGGGGAGAUCAAUUGGAUGAGUUGAGACGUGGAGAGAAACAUGACAGCAAAAGAAGAGUUUAUGACAGUGAUUCUUCUGCUUCAGAGAGCAGUGAAAAACAUGGGAAAGGGAUAAAAUCCGCACAUCGGAAAGGUAGCAAGGGUGGUGAGCCUAAAAGUGAUUCUGAUAUCAGUAGGAGGAAGCAUGAGUGUAAACAUUCAAUGAAACACAAGAAAAGCAGAAGGCAGGAUAGAGAGAGUGAUACUGAAAGUGAUUCUGAUAGCAGUGAUGGGAAGAAUGACCAUAAACAAUUAAUGAAGCACAAGAAACACCGAAGGCAUGACAGUGAUGAAUCUGAUCUAGACACUGAUGAUGUUAGGGAAAGAAAUGCCAUAAAGAACAAGAAAAAUAGAACAACUCGAAGGAGGCAGGACUCGGAUGAUGAUUCUGGUUCAGAUGGCUACAGAAAUGAUAGGAAACAAAGGAUGCAGGAUCUCUCAAAGAUGAAUAGAAGACAUGAUUCUGAGGAUGAAACUGAUUCUGGUAGGGGAAGCAGAGAUGGGAAAAAUGUUGUUGAGAAAAGGAGGGAUCGUGGUGGUAGAAAUCAUGCGGCCAGCAGAGAUGGCUCAGAAGAUAAACAGAAAGCUUUCAAAACUGGCCAGAAAAGGCAUGGUACCAGCAACCAAAGGCACAGAGUGGAUGAUAAAUCUGAUGAUGGUGGGGAAAGAAAAAUAGAGAAAAAUAUUAGAAAAAGGAGACAUGAUAUUGAUGAGGAAGUCUUCGAUACUGGCAGGAAAAAUGCGACAAGACCAGUAGGAAGACAAAGUGAAACAAAAAGAAAGGAAAGAUCUCCAACUGAUGACAGUAAGGACAGUAGUAGCAGUAGUAGUAGUGACUCUUACAGCAGCCGUGACAGUGAUUCAGGCAGCAGCUGUAGUGAUUCCAGCCUUGAGAGACCACGCAGGAAGAAGUCCAGUGAGAAGGAGUGCAGGAAAGGGCAUCAAGAUGAUAUGAUUAAGCAAGGCAGAAGAGAUGUAGAAGUAGCUGCUGCAGAGGAGAAAAGAUUAAAAUCUGGGAAGAUUGGAAGUGAUGAAAGGAGGGAAAGUAGAAUUCGUCCUUCCAGUGAUGGCAACCACAAUCGUCAUCUGGAGAAUGAUGCAUUGGACAGACUGGUGAAGAAGGAGAAAAUGAAAAACUAUGAUUCAAGGAGAGAUGAUGGCAAUGAUGGCUAUGGACAUCAAGAAAUGAGGAGCAAGAGGAAGCUGGAAGAUGAUAGCCAUGAUGAUCAGCCAGUGUUGAAAUCAAGAAAUCAGAGUUCAGGAGGAGAAGUUAAUCAUAUGGUGCAACUGAGGGAUGGGAGAGCCAAAUAUGAAGCAGAUAAGACUAACAGAAAGAGAGAGGAAUACUCCAGUUUCAAUAAAGCAGAAGAGAAACGCUUACAUCUAGAUCGUCAUCAUGAAGAAUAUGGAAACAGGAAUCAAGGAAAGGAAGAAGAAAAAGAGCGUGGAAACAAGAGGAAUGAAAGGGAGGAGGAGGAGGAGGAGGAAGAGCGUGGAAGUUUCAGACACCGUAGAGAUGAAAGGGAGCGUGGAAACAGAAAUCAUGGAAGCUGGAGGAAUGAAAGGGAUGAGGAUGAGCGCGGAAAGAAAAGACAUCUCAGAGAUGAAAAUGAGCCUUGGAGCAAAAAACACAGAAGAGAUGAAGAAGAAGAAGAGAAAGAGCAUAGCAAGAGGAGAAAUGACCGGAAUGAAGAAGAGGAGCGUAUGAGUAGAAUACAUCAUAGGGAUGAAGAAGACGGUCAAGGAAGCAGAAAGCACAGAAGAAAUGAAGAAGAAGGUGGACGGCUAAGGUAUAGAAGAGAUGAAGAAGAGAGUGGAAACAGAAGAUAUGGAAGGGACAGGCAGGAGGAGGAUGCCAAGAGGGCAAGGUACGAUGAUGAUCCUCGAUCAAGGGACAGAAGUAGGUAUGAGAGCAAUCGCCGUAGUGAUGAUCUGAUGAAACGGCAAUGAAGAAAGCAGCUUGUUAAUCCUUGGAACCAUCGACAUGAGAUGAUGGGAUUGCAAAAGCGGGCGAGUCACCUCUGCAAAGUAUAAUUGAGCUUGGAGGUGAGAAAAGGUUGGUUAAGGGGUACAAUCCAGUGCUGAUUUGACUGAAUGAUGAUGCUACGGUCUUCUCUUUUUUUUUUUUGCUAUAAAACCGCUUGGAACUUAUGAAAGCUUGGAUGAGUGUUUAGUUGUAGGUAUGUCUUUGGUUAUUGUAAGAAAAUAGUAUCAGUGGAUGAUUUUACUUUCUUCUUGUUGAUUGGAGUAGCUGAAUUCUCUAAGAAAUAAUUAAUUUAAGGGUAAUUUACAAUGCCA